AUGUUGUGCCUCAGCUCCCUGUCCACACUCCUCCUACUGCUUCUCCUCUACCCCCCUCCGCGGUCUGCCCAGGAGGUGCUUUUACGUCUGGCAGGCGUAGGUCGGCGCAAUGCAAAUGAGGGACGUGUGGAGGUGCUCUACAAUGGUGCAUGGGGCACAGUGUGUGAUGACGAAGUGGAUCUUAAUCUGGCCAAUGUGGUGUGCCAACAGCUGGGCUUUCAACGCGGCCUGACCUGGGCACACAGUGCCAAGUUUGGCGAGGGACAAGGUUUGAUCUGGUUGGACAAUGUGCGCUGCACGGGCGCAGAGCCCUCUAUUGCAGACUGCACCUCCAACGGUUGGGGAAUCAAUGACUGCACCCAUGCCGAGGACCUGGGGGUCAUUUGCAGCCCAGAAAGGAGACCCGGCUCCCCCCCUGUCACAGUGGAGGAGGCUCCUUCAUCCUCCAGGAGCCAGCCAAGUCAACCAAGCCAGCCAAGCCAGCCAAGACAGAGCAACCCACCACCUCCACAGUCUGUGCCUCCCCCAGCUCACAUCUCGUCAUCUGCUGGAAGAGGCCAUGAGAUCGCACUCCAUCGUAACCCAACUUCUUCCCGUCGCAGCAUGAUCUCGCCGCAAGAAAAUGGCCACGAGAUCCAGAUCUUGAGACGGAAUCGAGGCGGUUCUAGAGCAAGCCCUCAGGUGAGCCAAGCUAUGCCACAAGGGCACCAGCUGCCCUCACGUCUGAUAAACGGCGCAUCGUACAGGCAGAGACAGGAGACAGCGAGGAACAGUCCACAAGCCGUGAGACGAGGAGCAGAGGGCCAAGGGAACGGGCAGUCCCAACCCCAGUCUGAGCGGAGGAGUGACAGGCAUCAGCAGCUGAGUGGGAACCAUGUCGAACCAGAGCCUGUUCAUCCAGACAUGGGACUGGAGACUGACGUACAAUACACACAGGGAUCUAAUAGGGUCCACCUAGAGGAGGCCCGUCUUCGACCUGUGCUGUCCAACAACAAUGGCGGUCUGGUGACGGAAGGAGUGUUGGAAGUGAAGCAUGCUGGGAGGUGGCGUCACGUGUGUAGCCAGGGCUGGGACCUCAGCAGCAGCCGCGUCGUCUGUGGGAUGUUAGGAUUCCCUGCGGCAGAAGCGAUUGAUCAAAAUGCCUACAGGAAACUGUGGGACUCCAAGUUAGCUGAUCCGUCCUCCAGCCUCAGGACAAAGAUCACUAAGAAGGCCUACUGGGUGGAGAAGGUGCAGUGUCAGGGCGCGGAGGUCUCUCUGUCGCAGUGCCAGGCCCAGCUGUCCCUCCCCAGGAGUGAUGUCUCAUGCCGCGGUGGAAUGCACACUGUGGUCCGCUGUGUCCCUGGAUCCCAGUUCACACGUUAUGGCAGAGCACCUGCAGCACCCGCCGUGCCGCCGGUCGUGCGUCUGAAGGCGGGGCCCCGCCUCGGGGAGGGUCGUGUUGAGGUGCUCAGGGAGGGGAAGUGGGGCACCAUCUGUGACCACCUGUGGGACGUUGCUGCAGCCAGCGUGGUCUGCAGAGAGCUGGGCUUUGGGACGGCCAAAGAGGCGCUCACCAAGGCUCAGCUGGGACAGGGUACCGGCCCCAUCCACAUGAACAGUGUGCAGUGUAUAGGCAGGGAGAAGUCGAUUUCAGAGUGUACCUACAGAGAGGUGCCACUUUACAGCUGCAAACACAGCCAGGAUGUAGCGGUCCGCUGCAACGUGCCCAACACUGGCAUGCAGGCCACGGUGCGUCUGGCAGGAGGCAGAGAGCCAUCAGAGGGCCGUGUGGAGGUGCUGAUGGAGGUCGGAGGGGUGAGGCGUUGGGGCUCUAUCUGCAGUGAGAACUGGGGCAUCAACGAGGCCAUGGUGGUCUGUCGACAGCUGGGCUUGGGCUUCGCUGCAAGAGCUCAUCAGGAGACCUUGUACUGGCCUGGCUCUUCAGAUGCUGGUGAGGUGAUUCUGAGUGGAACUCACUGCAGCGGGACUGAGAUGUCUAUCCAGCAGUGUCGCAGAAACACAAAUGUCUACUGUCCCAGAGGAGGAGACAGCCGGGCUGCAGGAGUCACAUGUGUAGAAACUGCCCCUGACCUCGUCCUAGAUGCUCAGCUCGUCCAGGAGACGGCCUACCUGGAGGACCGCCCCCUCCACCUGCUGACCUGCGCUAAUGAGGAGAACUGCCUGUCCUCCUCUGCCGCCAGGAUGAACUGGCCCUACGGACACCGCCGCCUGCUGCGCUUCUCCUCCCGUAUCAUGAACAUGGGCCGUGCCGACUUCCGACCCCUAGCCACCAGAGAGAGCUGGACAUGGCACCAGUGUCACAGGCACUACCACAGCAUUGAGGUGUUCACCCACUAUGACCUGCUGACGCUCAACGGGACCAAGAUCGCUGAAGGUCACAAGGCCAGCUUCUGUCUGGAGGACACAUACUGCCCUGAAGGUAUCCAUAAGCGGUACUCCUGCUAUAACAUGGGACAGCAGGGUAUUUCAGUUAACUGCUGGGACACGUACCGCCACGACAUUGACUGCCAGUGGAUCGACAUCACAGACAUACGACCCGGAGAAUACAUCUUCCAGGUGGAGGUUAACCCUUCCUUAGACAUGGCUGAGUCUGAUUUCCAGAACAACGUGAUGCGCUGUCGGUGCAAGUACGAUGGAGCACGAGUUUACAUGUUUGGAUGCCAUGCAGGUGAUGCUUACAGCGCCGACGCAGAGGACUUGUUUGACCACCAACGUCAGAUCUCCAACAACUUCCUGUGAAUUGAGGAACAAGAAUAUUUAAGGACAGAACAACUGUACAACUUCUCACCACACCUCAACAUGUCAGGGGAAGGAGGUUGAAUGACAAUGAC